CUAUCAACAAGCCUCCAAGCAACUGAAUUGAAUCGAAUUCCGGAUGGGGACUGGCAUGGCUGACUAAUUUCGUUAUCUUAUCCAGUGGGGAGGGGAAGUUCAGAUUUCAAAUUCACCACUUAUUUUGCCUCCGCGCCCUGUCCACAUUUGCCGGAGAGCACAACCAUCGAUUCUUUCCCAAAGGACACUGAGAACCAGACAAUUGCAGGUGAUAGAAUCGUCCAUCAGUCACCAUGGUUCUUGCGAAGUCCAAAAACUCCGUGGGGCUGGGUAACAGCCUCAUGAACGAUCGGUUUGGCAAAGGAAAGGCAUCUUCGCAGAAGAAAGUCUCUCACAACCAAGCCAUCGCUCGAAAGGGCGUCAACGGCGAAACCUACCUUACCAAUGCGCCCAAGGAAGCAUCAUGGGUUAAAAUGCGCAGUAUCACCGAACAGGCGGCACUCGACGAAUUUUUGAGUACCGCUGAGCUUGCGGGCACCGAUUUUACCGCUGAAAAAAUCAACAACGUCAAGAUCAUCCACGCAGACCAAAAGAACCCCUACCUUCUCUCAGCUGCCGAGGAGAGGUCGGCUGUCAAGAAGCAGCAGAAGAACAAGGGACGGCUUACCGUUCCCAGAAGACCAAAGUGGAAUGAGAGUACAACUCGGGAGCAGCUCGAUGUGAUGGAGAGGGAAAGUCUGCUUCAGUGGCGGCGAGGACUUGCAGAGUUGCAGGAGAAUCAGGAUCUGUUGAUGACACCUUUCGAGCGAAACCUUGAAGUUUGGAGACAGCUGUGGCGUGUCAUCGAACGUUCCGAUCUUGUCGUGCAAAUUGUCGAUGCUCGAAACCCUCUUCUCUAUCGUUCGGAGGAUCUGGAGCAUUAUGUGAAGGAAAUUGACCCUAAGAAGCGGAACCUCUUGCUUGUCAACAAAGCAGAUAUGCUGACGCCCAAACAACGAGAGAUGUGGGCCGACUACUUCGAGGAAAAUGACAUCAGCUAUCGAUUCUUCUCCGCCCAUCUUGCCAAGGAACGCAACGAGGCUAGACUCCUUGAGGAGGACCGGUCUGAGAGCGAAAGUGAAGACGAGGACGAGAAAUUGGCUGAAGCGACUGAGAAAAUGCGCGUCCAAGAGAAGCAGGAGGAGGACGAGGAAUGGUCGAGCGAGGAGGACCUGGAGGAGGAGCAUGGCGGAGCGAAGAUCCCCAAGGGUUCCAACGAUUAUAGGACACGGAUUCUCGACGUUGAGGAACUGGAAGAGCUCUUCCUUUCAAAUGCCCCCGAUCGUCUCCCGCAGAGCGACGACCCAGAGCAGCAGCAGCAGCAGCGAAAGGACAAGACAACGAUCGGACUCGUCGGUUACCCUAAUGUCGGUAAAUCUAGCACUAUCAACGCUCUUCUAGGAGCUAAGAAGGUCUCUGUCUCUGCCACCCCCGGAAAAACGAAGCAUUUCCAGACGCUUUACCUCUCUCCGAAUCUCCUUCUUUGUGACUGCCCCGGUCUGGUCUUCCCUAAUUUCGCUACCACCAAGGCGGAGUUGGUCGUCAACGGCGUCCUGCCUAUUGAUCAACAGCGUGAAUUCACCGGUCCAGCUGGUCUGGUUGCUCACCGUAUUCCGAAGCACUAUCUCGAGGCCGUCUAUGGUAUGAAGAUCCACACCAGACCGCUCGAAGAAGGCGGCACAGGCAUACCAACUGCCAGUGAACUUCUUCGCGCUUACGCUAAGGCUCGAGGCUUCUCUACCCAAGGUCUGGGACAGCCUGAUGAGUCUCGUGCUGCGAGGUACAUUCUGAAGGACUAUGUGAAUGGAAAACUGUUGUUCUGCCACCCACCGCCUGCUUCGUCGAAGGAGGAUGCCGAGGAAGGUCAGGAGCGGAUGGACCCUCUCGAGUUCAACGAGGGCCACUACGAUAUUACGAAUCUCCCAGCCAGACGACAAGCCAUGAUAGCGAAGGCUGCAGCGUCUGAACUAGAUCGUGCUGACGAUGCAUCGUCCGACAUUAUGUCUCUUCCUGCAGCUAAUGCGAUUCCUGAGGGCCCACGCUCGCGUAAGAUUGACACCCGCUUUUUCGGACCCCCGUCACUGAGGUCUGCCGGCCACUUGACGAUGCCGUUCAAUCACCAGUAUACCGAGCAAGGACAGCAGCAGCGGAAACAGCUGACUGGCCGAAAGGAACGGCAGAUGAUCGCUUUGGAAAGGGGUGUCGAUGUGUCGGAGGUCAGAAACACGUCGAAAAAGCACUUUAAAGGCGGAAAGAGAAAGGCUAAGAAGGGAAGAGCUGCUGCUGAUGAUGACUUUUGAUGCCAGUCACUCGCUGGCGAGUGCUCUCGUUUGUUGCGGAGGUUGUAAUCCUGUGUCUAUUCAGAUAUGAUUUCUGCAAACCAGGUCCUGAGGUUCAUGAUUUAGAUUUUCUCAUUAUGGUUACGCGUUAGGGUCUGCAUCUAGGCCGCUCUUCUCGGUGAUAUUCUUGGGAAUAUAUACAUAUUGCAUUUCCCGUGCGGAAGUACGAUAUGCCUAGCAUUUAUCUUUGA